AUGUCUCAAUUUGCUAUCGGUACAAACAAGUCAUAUGGGAAUAACCCAACUGGACCGAGUCUUAAGCCUCGGAACGCCCGCAUACUGAUUCCUUUGAUGGCAACGAUUGGUCUUGGUUUCGGAGUAUACAAUUAUUACAUCGAGGCUAAGUCGCGGCAGCAAAUGUCUCUGUUGGAGGAAGAACAACGUCUGGCACGAAACCUGCAAUUGAUGGAUGCAUACGGCGACAAAAACAGUCUUCAUGAUGUUCAGCAAGCCCUCGACACUUACAACGUUCGUUGA